GUGUGACGAGGACAAUUUCCUUUAUUUCGCAAUGCAUAUAAAAGAAAAGACACCAUCUUGCUUGAUUAAACACCCAGAGCCAUUUUGGAGAUAUCGGCGAUCUCAAUAUCCAUGAUCUCUUUCACUCAGUUACAGGUGUAUUCUUACUGUGGAAGGCAUCUCAACAACAUCACAGAUGUGUCUGUGGUUUAUUGCGAUCAUCACUUUUCUGUUGAAAGGUGCACUCUGCCAACAGUGGAGUCUGUGGAUGCCCCAAAGCAUUGUGGCUGUUGGAGGAUCCUGCCUACUGGUCCCAUGUAGAUUUGAGAUCCCUGCUGCAUUUGAUGCUGACUUGAAAAACUGCACACCCACUGGGCUUUGGUCUAAAAAAAUUUGGGGGGGAAAUAUAGUAUUGAGCUCAGCCCAAACGGAUGCCCAAAACAUCAUAAAGGGAGUGAUGGUGGGAAAUCUGUUGAGCAAGAACUGCACCACUCUUUUCAACAGUUUCCCUGCAGGAUAUGAUGACACAUAUAUCUUCAGGCUGGAAUGUGCUGGAACAAAUCGCCUCAAGUAUAUUUUCUACCCAGGAGUACAUAUCAGUCAUACAGACACCCCACCCAAACCCCAACUAACCCCUAUGGGCAACAUCACAGAGGGGGAGCUGGUUAGACUGAGCUGCUCUGCCUCUGCCCCCUGUCCUACGUUCCCACCCUCUCUGAUCUGGACCUCUGGGCUGGGUGGCAGUGUCGAGAGCCAGCUACAGGAGGGUAUAGAUGGGCUCAUGACCAUGACCUCCACCCUUACCUUUACCGCCUCCCUCCUCCAUCACGGGCUGCUGGUCAGAUGUUCUGCCCUCUACACACUGCAGCCAGGGGGCACCACCAAGACGACUCAGGGGAACCUGACCCUCAAUGUUCUUUAUGCUCCUAAAAACACUGUAGCCCUGUCCAGCCCAUCUGGGCCUGUGCCCGACGGGAGGGCAGUGACCCUGACCUGUCAGAGUGAUGCCAACCCACCAGUGGAGCGCUACUCCUGGUACAAAGACAUCAGUGGGCAGGUGACCUGGAAGGCUAAUGGGCAGACACUGGUCCUCCUGGUCAACAAGGCAGACAGCGGGCUGUACCUCUGUGAGGCCCACAACGAGAAGGGAUCACAAAAGUCAAAGGUCAUGCCUCUGGAGUUCGAAAGUGGCCAAUGUUCCGUGAUGGUCCCCUACAUCAUUUGUGGAGUGAUGGUGUUGCUCUAUGUUCUAACCGUCACCGUGGAUGUGUAUAAAUAUAAAAGUCUGUCCAGAAGACUGAAACAGCAGCUAGAGGUGUCAGAGAAAGGAGAUGCCACGUACACUAACCUAACGAUCGCCAGCAUCAGCUCUGACUAUGACCAACUCCAGCCACAGUUCUGUCUUGCUGCCCCACCUCGUUCACUGCAGCGGCGACACACUCCCAAGAUACCUGUUUGACUUUGUUUGUCAACCCACUAUUAAGUCCACCGAAUAAUACAUGUUGCCUGUCUUCAAUCUCCUCUACCAUCGCCGUGAUCUCGUCUUCCAAAAGGUUUGCUUUUCUCUUUUGGUCCAUGGCUAUUCCUGACUAAACUUUUAUUUGUGCUAGCAUUCUAUAAGGGGAAAUCGAUGAUUAUAAGGCACAUUCAGGUGCCGUCAAUUUGAAGUUAAUUUGAGAUUUAUAGAUCACAGGUGCGUAAGUUACAAAUGGGCUUCUUAGAACCUGAGUAAGCAAGGUUUUUUAUGCUCAGUAUCUUUUAUGAAUCCAACGUAAGCACACCGUCGGAAAUGAUGUUAUGACUAAGUUCAAGUAUAAAUCUAAGAACAUUUUUAUAAAUGAGGCCCCUGGGAUGUUCUCUUGAUAAGUGGGUGAAUUGGACCAUUUUCCUGUCCUGUUAA